AAUCAUACGUACUCAAACACAGCAACAGAAACCAGGAAAAACAAAGAACAGAACACCCCACAACACAAAUUGAGAAGACACGGCAUUUCUGAGGUGACCGAGUAACCUUUUUAGCCAGCACGGGAGGUGAAGGGCGCAUGUGUCACUGAAGAGCCACGGAAAAGGCUAAGUAAGGAUUCUGGAGUACGAGGGAAUGUUUACAGAUCGCGUGCGUGGUGGGCGGAGGUUACUAGCGUUGAACCUUGUGGGGGAAUAGAGUUGUGAGUGCAGAAACAUGCCCGAAGAAAUUGUGGGUGAAGUGUGGGAGUGCAGGGGAGAGAAUAAAGUGGAAGAGUGUCAUAGCCCGCUGUUCAAAUCAUGGCGCUUCUGGACCACAAUACUCGCGAUGCUGGCCACUGUGCAGCUCAUGAUGGCCCGUAUGAGCCUGUCCAUGACCCUAGUGUGCAUGGUAGAGCUCCCACCGCCGUCAUCUCUCGCCUACGGAACUAACAUCACGGACAAGCUCACUCACCACACGUGCAGACCCCCGCAUUCACAGGGGACAGGGGAGGAGACGCUGGUUCUGACACAGCGACGUUCGCGGGACUUCACCUGGAGCAAGACUCUUCAGGGCCACCUACUGUCCAGCUACUUCUACGGGUACAUCUUUGGCAUCCUCCCCGGGGGCCUGGCGGUGGACCGGUGGGGCGGGAGGCUGUUCAUGCUGCUGAGCGUGGCCACCAUCGCCGCCUCUAACUUUCUCCUCCCCUCUGCUGCCUAUACGCACCACGCUGUCCUCUAUGCCGUCAGGGUGUUGCAGGGGUUCGCUGAGGCGAUGGGCCUCAACGCACACCAGUUUCUGCUGGCGCGGUGGGGGUCGCGGCGUGACCUGAGUAUGCUCACCAGCAUCAGUUACAUCGGCUUUCCCCUAGGCGUCAUGGUGGCUCACCCUCUCGUGUCCAGCCUCUGCCUGCACGGUCCCUGGGGCGGCUGGCCCUCCGUGUUUUACCUGAUGGGGGCUGCAGGGGGGCUGUGGACCAUUGUGUCAGCCUUUCUGCUCCAUAACAGCCCUGCGGCACACCCACUCAUAUCUAAGGAGGAGAUCAAGUAUUUCCAGCACCACGGCACGAAGAUCAACAUAAGCGGGACAUCCUUCAAAAAAUCGGCGUGGCUGAAGCUGGCGAGGAGCGGGCCGGUGUGGGCACUCAUGGGUACCAGCGCCUUAGGAACCUUCGGGUACUUCGCCUUCACGCUCCACCAGCCGCUGUUCCUACGUGAUGUGUUUGGCUUCUCCAUUAAGGAGAACGGCAUCAUGUCCUCUCUGCCCUGGAGUCUGGAGGUGCCCGUGUCAGUGGCGACUGGCGUGGUGGUGGACAUGUUGCGGCGGCGAGCAAUGCCUCUCACCACCAUCAAGAGGGUCUUCAACACGGCCGGUUUCCUGCUGGCCGGCCUGACGCCCCUGGUGGUGGUGGAGAUCGGGUGUGAGUGGCGCUGGGCUGCCGCUGCAUUCCUCCUGGUGGUGGUGGUGGGCAACUGCACGGCCUUUGUGGGCGGCUACUACUACACACCCGUGGAUUUAGCGCCGCCUUGGGCCGCCACUCUUGCCGGCCUGUCCAGCACCUUCAUCGGCCUUAAUGGACUCGUGGCGCCCAUCGCUGUGGCUUACCUCACGCCCACGGGGAGUCGUGAGGAGUGGCGGCAGGUGUUCUGGGUGAGUGGGGUGCUGUACCUGGCAGGGGCUAUUGUCUUCGUCAUCUGGGGAAGUGCCGAGCCCCUUCCAUGGAUCAACAAAUAUGCACCCAACACUGAGGAGGCAGCCAGGCCGGAUGUACAGGAGCCUGCAUAUCAGAUGCAAGCCUUGGCACAACGUGCAGUGGUGGACAGGAGAGACAUUGGCACAGCCACAGAGGAAGUCAAUGUGUGAGUGUCUGCUCCUUCACUUUAUAAACAUAAAUAAUUAUCAGGGUCUCUUACACAGUACUUUAUCAUUCAUAUUAUUCAUUAAUACUCAUGAACCCACACCAUUUCUAUAUUCACUUAUGAUAU